AGUCUCACUUGUACUCUCCAAGUGAUCGUAUCGUCUAUUUUGUGUGUUUUUAUCUCUUUAUCUAUAAAGAAACAUGACUGGCCGUGGCAAAGGAGGAAAAGGAUUGGGAAAAGGAGGAGCCAAACGUCAUCGUAAGGUUUUACGUGAUAACAUCCAAGGUAUCACGAAACCGGCAAUAAGGAGAUUGGCCCGUCGCGGUGGCGUCAAGAGAAUCUCUGGUUUGAUUUACGAGGAAACUAGAGGAGUGUUGAAAGUAUUCCUAGAGAACGUUAUCAGAGAUGCUGUUACCUAUACGGAGCACGCCAAAAGGAAGACCGUCACCGCCAUGGAUGUUGUAUAUGCAUUGAAACGUCAAGGCCGCACUCUGUACGGAUUCGGAGGUUAAACAUUCUAUUUCUGCUCUCUCUCUCUCUAACGACAAAAACGGUUCUUUUCAGAACCACAAAA